UCCUCCACUAGAGAGAGGCAGCAGCGUUGUGCUUGGGAGAGGACUAUGACUCCAGCAUGGUCUCCUGCCUGCUGAUGAACCAGAUGAUGCCCCAGCUGAGGGGGGUGAUGCCUCGGAGCUGCCCACGUGCCUGCUGUGUGUGUGUCUGACCGGCUCUGUGUACUGUGAGGAGGUCGUUCCAGAGAUGACUGCUGUGCCCACCCUGCCCAAGGAGACCGCCUACCUCUACGCCCGUUAUAACAAGAUCAACAAGAUCACCAAUAAAGACUUCGCAGAAAUCGUGACUCUGAAGAGAAUCGACCUGACGGGGAACCUGAUCUCGGAGAUCCAGGACGGAGCGUUCUCCAAGCUUACCCUGUUGGAGGAACUCAAUUUGGCUGAGAACCAACUGGUCAAGUUACCCAUGCUGCCCGGCAAGCUCACCACCUUCAACGCCAACCACAACCGGCUCAAAACCAAAGGGGUCAAGGCCAACGCCUUCAAGAAACUGAGGCAGCUGGUUAACCUGUUCCUCGGAGACAAUGAGCUGGAAGCCGUGCCAGUGAUCCCUGAGAGCGUCCGCAUUAUUCACCUACAGAACAACAACAUCACUGAUGUCACCUCCGACACGUUCUGUAACGGCAACAACACGUACUACGUCAGACCCAACCUGAUGGAGGUGAGGUUGGAUGGGAACCCAGUGCUGCUGUCCAAGUCGCCCGACAGCUUCACCUGCCUCAACUCUCUUCCCGUCGGAAAGUACCGCUAAACACAAGACUCCCUGGGGAGAAAGGUCUUCUGUAAGGUUGCAAAAUUUCGGUAACUUUUCCAAAAUUCCCAGGUUUUCCAUAAAUCCUACUUGGAGGUGUCCUGGAAUCAGGAGGGAAUACGGAAUACUCCAAACAGGAUUUCUGUAUAACUAGGGGAUUUAGGGAAGAGUUUUCCGGCGUUAAUGGACUUCCUGGUUAUAUAACGUUACAGUAGUAAAACAGACAGCUUCUACAGGGCUUUCAGCCAGCCAGACACGUUCUGGAUAGAUUCAAUUCCCUAUUCUACUUGACGAAGACAAGACCAUCUGAUAUGACUGGUCGUCUACACCAUGCAUUCCAUUUCUGUCUGAACGUUUCUUCUGUAAAAAUUGUACCCAGGUCUUUCUCAGUGUCUUUCAGAAGGCUAGUGGAUUGGGACUGAAAACGUUAGCAUGUUCACUUUAGCAUGCUACGUCAGGCUUCCUCUCUGUGUUGUUUCUGAUUUAAUUUCCUUUACCUUUUAGACACGUCUUGAACAUAAACUUGAUGAGCUAAAGGGUCUGAAGCCUUUGUAAAUACAUCUUUUAUUCAACGUCUGCUUCUGCCUAAUGUAUGAAUUAUGACUUCUUCAACAUGUCGAGUCAAGCUUUUGGCUUUCUGAAUUCUGUGAAUUACCUUCAUGUAAACUGGUUCUUAAGUAGAAGUUGACAAUACAUGUAUCUUUGAAAUACGCA